UUACAUAUUAUCGCUAUUGUUAUUCUACCGCGCGCGUUUGUUCCAGUAUAAUAUAUUAUUAUUUAUUAACAUAACCUUAUUUUAUUUGUCUUUGUCAAUGAAUUGCGCGAUUUGUGUCAAAUGUUUUUAAAUUUCCAUGUGACCAAGUAUAGUGAAGUGCGAACAUUUUGUUUUCAAAUUUCAAAAUUCGUAUCAUCCUCUGCGCACUCACCAAAGUACCAGACGUCAUUAUACUCACUUCAUCAAGUAUCAACCAUAAAAAGAUAUUUCAAUCAUGUGGUCAAUAGUUUGUUUCAUCGAUGAAGAUACCAUUGAAUGUGUUCCAAAUUUUUGGUUAAAAAAUUCAUUAUGCGCGUGGCCAAAUAAAGAUUGCAAAAUAAAAUCUCAAUUAGCUGUUGAGCGCCGUUUAGCACCUAACUCAAUUGAGUUUGGUUAUUAUAAUGCACGGCCAUUAGCAAGAAAUAUAACUAAUUUAAAUGAAGCAUAUAAAAAACUAAAACUGGCAGAAGAAACUUCUGAGCUGUCAAAUGUAAAAAAAGCUAGUAAAAAAAAACAUAAAAGAUUGAAAUGUGAUAAACAAAGUUCUAGUAGACAGAUUGUAAACAAACUAAGAGUAAAUCGUAAAUCUUCACUUAUAAUAGAUAAGAACCGAUCAAUCCCUAAUUCUCCACCUAAAUAUGAUGCAUAUAAAAAAAAAAGGGAUAAUAAUAUGAACAAUGAUAAUGGUAACCAAAGUGCAAAGAACAGUUUUUCAAAAUCAGACAAAAAUAAUACUACACAGAUUGAAGUAUUUGAUAGUGCUAAUGAAAAUAGCAAAGAAACUAUUGUAAAUAAUAUCAAAAGUAUUGACACAUAUUAUGCUGAUAAUAAUCAAACUGAAAAUAAACUUAAUGGUAAAGAACUUGAUAAAGAAAUCAGCAGUAGCAGCAGUGAUAUAGUCGAUGAUAAUGAUGAUUCCGAUGUCGAUGAAACAUAUAAACCAUUUGUAAAAAAUCAUUCUUCAGAUGUAUUAUUAAGUCCAGGUAAUAUUGAUCCAGAUUUGAAUUAUAAAAUAAUGAAUAACAAUAUGGCACAUCAAAAUGUUAAUAAAACAUCUACACCGGUGGCCAGGAAAAGAGAUAAUGACUUAUUCAAAUGUAUUAGCGAUGACGAUGAAACAGUAAAAUCUCAUUUUGAAGAAUACAGCCAACAGAAAAAAAAGAAGUUAACCAACUCAUUCUAUUUAAAUUCAAAUGAUAAUAAUAUCACCAGUGAACCAAAGCAAAGUUCUACUGAUGAAAUGCUGAGAUCUCUUAUACGUUCUGUUACCAACAUUAAGUAUGAAUUAAAAGAUAUGACAGCAAAAAUAGAUAGGAUUGAGGAAAGACAAACAAAUAUGAUGCACUACGCAGCCAGUAAUGAUUAUCCAUGUAAUAGUAGUGGUAAUGUCUUACAUACUAAUAGUAUUGAUGAAACUUGGAAUUUCCCUCUUACUUCUUUUGAAGAAUUGGAUGGCUUUGAACAAAAUUUGUUGGAUGAUGGUUAUAAAAUUAAAUUGAUCAGUUACUUAAGAAGAUUGGAAAAACCAACAAUUGGGGCGAUGACAAGGGAGAUUUUGGCAAAAUUAUUCCACAAUGAUUUAUUGGCACAAUUUUCAUACGUCGGUCAAAAGGGAAAAAAAAUAUUUUCUGUAUUAAACACUUGUUCUAUCUUAUUUGCUGCUGUUAGAAGUGUCAAAAAUUAUAAGAACUGUACAGACCUUGACAUAAUAAAGCCAUUAAAGCCUUACUUGGCUAAUGCUACUGCUCGUGGAAAACCAAAAACAAAAGACUAAUAUUUAAUAUAAGAUGAUAAGUUUUUUAAAAUGUUUAACUUUUGUAUUAGGUAUUUUUGUAUUAAGUUUUUAAUGAGUUAAAUAAUAUUCAUAAUAACAUAAUAAUAUUCUAAUGAAUGUAUGCAAUUUAAUAAUUAAAUAAACAGUGAUAUUCAUAAA